AUGAAUAAAUUAGAAAUAAUAAAUACUCCUAGAUUAACUACUUAAACAGAACAUGUCAAAAAAUCAUUCUAUAGUAGAGAUAUAAAAAGUGAUAAGAAUUUCGAAUCUUCUUCUUAUCAUCAAAGAGCUUAAAAAAAUGAGGGUACUUUCAGUCCAUCUAAUCAUUAAAAUGAAACUAUGUUAGAACAAAUAAGAAGAUUAAAAGAUUAGAUAAAAUUAUAAUAGAAAGAAAUCGAAAGAUUAUCAUACAUUAACGAAUAUUUAAUAUAAGCAAAUUAAACCAAACUAAAUAUUUUAUAAUCAGAAAGAUAGUUUCAUUCUAAGAAAGUGACAAUCAAAUUAGGACAUAAUAAAACAAUGAGUGAAAAAAAGAAUUAUUUAAGUAAAUUAUUAGAUGAAACAUCUCAAUAAAGUCCUAGUGUUAAACGAAGAAUCUAUCGAAAUCCAACAUUAGCUCGAUUACAUUUAGAAUAAGAAAGUGAAUAAUAAAAGAAUGAAAAAUAGACUUAAAAGGCAUCAACAUUUUAUGAUACUUUGUAAUAAGAAGAUUGUUUUAGAACAAAUGCAAUCUUAAAUAUCUAAUUAUCUGAUGAAGAUGCUAUGUAAUAAUAUUAAUAAGAUGGAACUGUAUCAUUAAUGCGAGAAUUAUUAGAUAAUGAAGAUUCAUUUGGGGAUAUCAUUUAAAAUAUGUCAGCAUAAAAAUUGUCAUUUCUUUAUGAUAAAUUUAAACGAAUAAUGUCUGAUCAUAAUUAAUUGUUCAUUUUAGUAUUAAGAUUAAAAAAAAUUGUGAUGGGAGCUCUUUAAAUGAAUUCAUCCAUUUUAUUAGAUGAUGCAUUGCAAACCAUAAUAGAUAAAUGCGUAGAUUGUUUAGAAUGUGAUAGGGCAUCAUGCUUUAUAGUUGAUCAAAGUAAGAAGGAAUUAUGGACAAGAGUAGCUAAAGGAACUUCAGCUACAAUUCGUUUAUAAGUGGGUCAAGGAAUUGCUGGGUUUGUAGCACAAUCAAAAACCAUCUUAAACAUAGAGGAUGCAUAUAGAGAUUAGAGAUUUAAUUCAUAAUAAGAUAUCAAAAAUAAUUAUAAGACAAAAACAUUAUUAGUGUGUCCUAUAAUGGAAAAUGAUAAAUGUGUUGGAGUUUUAUAAUGUGUUAAUAAAUAAAGUGGAUAUUUUACAAAAGAUGAUGAAGCAUUGUUACAAAUUAUGUGUGAAUUUUCAAGAUCAGUUUUAAAAAAUGCAAUGAAUCAUGAUGCUCAAAUGUUAAUUUAAAAUAAACUGAGGCAUUUAAUAAAGACAGGAGUUUUGUUAUAAUCUAAACAAAAUGAAAUUCAUAAAUUUAUUCAAUAAGCAGAGGAGAGAUUAAGAUCAUUAAUGAAUGUAGAUUUUGCAAAAAUAGUAUAUAAUGAUAUAUAAGCCAACAAGGUUAUACAUAUUAAUAAAGAAGGAAAACUUGAUGAAUGUGAUAAUUCAUUAGGUAUUAUGGGCAAUUGUAUUAACAGUCAAUCAAUUAUUGCUAUAUGUAAUUGCUAUAUAAAUCCUCUUUUUAAUCCUAAUAUUGAUAUUGAAACUAGUAUGCCAAUUAUCUGUAUGCCACUCAAAUAUAAUAAUUAAAUUAUUGGAGCACUCUAAGUUGUCAAUGUUAAAGGUAUAGGAAGUAGUGAUUCAAAAGUCAAUUCAAUAGAUUUAGAAAUGCUAGAAUUAUUUUGUCUUCAAACUUCACAAUGUUUAAUAUAAAUGAAAACCAAUUAAAUUUGA